UAAAAAAUACCAUUAGAUAAAAGUGUGUAGAAUUUUGAGUUGUUGUGUUUACUCGAUGAUAACGGUGUUGUAGUUGUGUUCAACUUUUGCCUGCCUGUGUUUAGCAUUUAUAAAACAAGUGCAUUGCAGGGUGAAAUGCGUGUUUUAGUGAGAAGUUUGUGUUUAGAAUUUUGCAAAAAGAGUGCAUGAUUUGACAAAUGGGUUUAGGCCACUAUGAAUUUGGUUCAGAGAUUGGGGUUUAGUGUUUUAGCAAUUCAGAAAAACUGUAAAUACUAACAUCAUGUUAAAACAUGCUAGCAACAUGCUAAAACAUGUUAAAAUAUUCUAGCAUCACGUUUGAUUGUCCUAAUACAUACUAACAUCAUGUUAAAACAUGCUAGCAACAUGUUACAACAUGUUAAAACAUUCUAAGUAUAUAAAUAUUGUUUGAUGUAUUACUCUCCCCAGAAUUUUAAACUGACACAUCACAAGAAUCCCUCAUGCUGUCCUGAUAUCCAUUUCAUUCAUGCCCAGAAUAAGUAAAUGCAUGACCAUUAAUGUGUGAUUAAGAACCUGUACCAGAGCAGGUUUCUGGGCCUGGCGGCCAUGGCCUCACCGUCACGGACCUCCCAGAACCGGCGCCGGUGCAAGGAUGUGACACGUUUCAGCUUUAUCCAUCCCAACGAUGGCCUUGCUCUCCCACGGUCCACUAGCGAUACAGAUCUGGUGUCUUUGCAAAGCCGUUCCACCCUAACAGUCAGCACCUCCUUUUAUUGCAUCGACCAAACAGAGGAUAUUAUCAUCUGCUGGGACAUCAAAGAGGAAGUGGAUGCUGGUGAUUGGAUUGGCAUGUACCUUAUAGAUGAGGUUCUCUCCGAAAACUUUUUGGACUAUAAGAGUCGUGGAGUGAGUGGUUCACACAAAGGGCAGAUUGUGUGGAGAAUCGAUACCAGCUUGUACUUUAUGGAGGCUGAGACAAAGAUUUGUUUCAAAUAUUAUCAUGGAUUGAGUGGAGCUCUCCGAGCCACCACACCCAGUGUAACCGUGAGAAACCCCUCUGCCUCUGUAUUGAAGCCUGUCAUCAGUCAGGAUGUUCCUCAAUCUUUGGGAAGCAGGAGGUUGAUUAGCUUUUCUCUAUCAGACAUUCAGGCAGUGGGACUAAAGAAAGGGAUGUUCUUUAAUCCUGAUCCAUACCUGAAAAUCGCCAUCCAGCCUGGAAAGCACAGCACCUUCCCCGCCCUGCCCCAUCACGGUCAGGAGAAGAGAUCGGGCAUCAUCUGCAACACGGUUAACCCCAUCUGGAAGAGAGAGCGUUUUAACUUUGUGUCCUUGCCGACGGACGUGUUGGAGAUUGAGGUGAAGGAUAAAUUCGCCAAGAGCAGACCCAUCAUCAAGCGCUUUCUGGGGAAGCUGGUGGUGCCUGUCCAGAGGCUGCUGGAGAAACAUGCUAUUGGAGACCGUGUGGUGAGUUACACUUUAGGUCGACGGCUUCCAACAGAUCAUGUCAGUGGAUUGCUGCAGUUUCGCUUUGAGAUAACAUCCUCUAUUCAUCCAGAUGAUGAGGAGGUGUCACUCACUGCAAUGCCAGUGUAUGAUGUGAUAUCCGACCAGCAGGCUGAGCAGGAUCCCAAUGAGGACCUACCAGCUCCUGCUGACCUACCUAUAGAGGACACAUUGAGUUUGGGGCCUGAUAGGCUAGAGAUCACUACUGAAUGUUCUGAAGAAGUCGAGACUCAGGAACUUGUGCUGCCUGCAUCUCCGGUUGAACCAAGUAAGGACAUGCAACAAGAACAAGAAGGUUUAGAUAAUGCUGAAAUGAAUGAUCCUGCAACAGGUGAAAGGGAGGAAGAGGUGCUACAGAGCGAUGCAGCUCAAGGACAAACUGAAGAACAAGAAACAGAUCAAGAGCCUGUGGAGAUGCAGGAGGAAACUGUCCAGGAGAACCAAGGCAUUGAAGACACAGGUGAAGGUGACAUGGGACCAACUGAAGAUUCGGCUGUGGAGCAUGUGGAGGGUGAAGUAGGCACAGGGUCUGAACAACUGGAAGCACCGAUGGAAGGAGAUGGGAGCGAGGAAGAACCCUGCAGGAGGAGCGCCUGGAAGUGCAAGAGUCGGCCUAGCUCACUUCCUGUGUCCGAAUUAGAGACAGUCAUUGCCUCGGCAUGUGGUGAUCCUGAAACUCCGAGGUCUCACUACAUCCGCAUUCAUCAUCUGCUGCACAGUUUACCUUCAGCCCAGCGUCACGACAGUCAAGAUGAGGAUGAGGAUGAGCUACUUGACGCCGGAUCUUCAGAAGAGCUUACUGUUAAACCCGAAGAAGACAAGGAAAAUGGAGAGGUGGAUGAAAAUGAGGUGUCUGAAGCUCAAUCCCCAUCUAUAGUGCUUGAAUGCCCUGGACCAUGCUGCAGACGAACCCUGCCACGUAGCCUUUCCAUCGAGCGUCUAUCUGAACUCACUCAGCUUUUGGAGGGUGAAAGGCCUUCACCAUCCACUUCACGACUGGAUAGUGAAAACGGGGAAGUAGAGGGUGGAGGAGGAAGUCGAAGGCGACCACGAGAAAGCGAGUGUGAACUGUGUGACAAUUCCUGCUACAGUACCUCCUGCUAUAGCACGUCCUGUUAUAGUACCUCAUGCUACAGUAACUCAGGUUAUGAGGGGCGUAACCAUCUCUGCAGCCAUACACGCCUUUCUUCAGUAGACAGCACCCGUCUGUCGGAGAGCACAGUUUUCUCCUCACAGGAGGAAGAGGAGGAAGAGAACAGUGCCUUUGAGUCGGUCUCCGACUCCAUGCAGAGCCCAGAUAUAAGGGAGUCGGUAGAAGGAUCAGGUCAGUGGAGGGGUUCGUCGUCUGAGGAAAGUCCUCAGAGAGAAGGUCAGGGGGAGGCAUCACCAGUUGCCGGGCCAAGUGUUAGGUCUUCAGGCCGUUGUCAUUUGCAAAGCAGUCAUCAUGCAAUCACUCAGUUUUCUGCUUUGCGGCCUGACCCUUACCUUUACCCAAGUGUGGAUGAACCAUUACCACCAAACUGGGAGGCAAGGAUCGACAGUCACGGCCGUGUUUUCUACGUGGACCAUGUAAAUCGCACCACCACGUGGCAGAGACCCAGCCAUGCAGCUAAGAGUAGCGGGAUGCAGAGGUCAAGCUCCACACAUCAGAUGGAGCAGCUUAACAGAAGGUAUCAGAACAUUCAGAGAACCAUGGCCACGGAUGAUGAACCGGCUGGUUGCGCGCCCGACAGAAACAACAGUACAGACCCAGAUGGUGAAUCUACGGCACAGCCUGCAGAUCAGAGAAGAGAAAGUUCUCCAUCACCAGUGAAUAAUCAGAACGUCACCCAGUUGCUUCAAAGUCCAGCAGUGAAGUUUGUCUCACACCCAGAAUUCUUCACUGUCCUACAUGCAAACUACGCGGCAUACCGAAUGUUCAGCAACAGUACCUGCCUGAAGCACAUGAUCUUGAAAGUACGCCGAGACGCGCGUAACUUUGAGCGAUAUCAACACAACCGCGACCUUGUCACUUUCCUCAACAAAUUUGCUGAUACUCAUCUGGAGCUCCCUAGAGGCUGGGAGAUCAAAACAGACCCACAGGGCAAGUCAUUCUUUGUGGACCACAACAGUCGCGCAACAACUUUUAUCGACCCCAGAAUUCCCCUUCAGAAUGGCCGUCUGCCCAAUCACCUUACACACAGACAACACUUACAGCGACUGCGCAGCUAUAGUGCUGGAGAGGCUUCUGAGGUGUCCCGCAGCAGAGGAGCAUCACUGGUCAGCAGACCUGGAAAUGGUCUCGUAGCUUCCAUCAGAAGUCAGUAUCAGCCCGAUUCAGUGCCUCUAGCUUACAAUGACAAGAUUGUGGCUUUCCUUCGUCAACCAAACAUAUUAGACAUGCUGCAGGAACGGCAACCCAGUCUAUCCAGAAAUCACACGCUCAGGGAGAAGAUCCAUUACAUUAGGACAGAGGGCCCACAAGGUGUUGAAAAGCUGUCUUGUGACGCAGACCUGGUUAUACUGUUAAGUCUGUUUGAGGAGGAGAUCAUGUCCUUCAUCCCGCCUCAAUCCUUUCACCCGGGCCUCAGUUUCUCUCCACGCUGCUCUCCUGGCUCCUCACCGCAGAGCUCACCUGGCUUGCAAAGGGCCAGAGCACCCGCUCCGUACCGCAGGGACUUUGAGGCGAAACUUCGCAAUUUUUACAGGAAGUUGGAGGCAAAAGGCUAUGGCCAGGGGCCAGGAAAAAUUAAGCUUCUUAUCAGAAGGGAUCAAUUAUUGGAAGGUACUUUUAAUCAAGUGAUGGCGUAUUCUCGCAAAGAGCUCCAGAGAAACAAGCUUUACAUCACCUUUGUGGGAGAAGAAGGUUUGGACUACAGCGGCCCAUCGCGGGAAUUCUUCUUCCUGUUGUCUCAGGAGCUGUUUAAUCCAUACUACGGCCUGUUCGAAUACUCAGCCAAUGACACGUAUACGGUGCAGAUAAGCCCUAUGUCUGCAUUCGUGGAGAACUAUCUAGAAUGGUUUCGUUUUAGCGGCCGAAUAUUGGGUCUGGCGCUGAUCCACCAGUAUCUUUUAGAUGCUUUCUUCACCCGUCCAUUUUACAAGGCCCUACUAAGAUUAGUGACAGAUCUGAGUGAUUUGGAAUACCUGGAUGAGGAGUUUCACCAGAGCUUACAGUGGAUGAAGGACAAUGACAUCACAGAAAUCCUGGAAUUGACCUUCACAGUGAAUGAGGAGGUCUUUGGACAGGUGACAGAAAGAGAACUGAAGUCCGGAGGCUCCAACAUUCAGGUUACAGAGAAGAAUAAGAAGGAGUACAUUGAGCGCAUGGCCAGAUGGAGGGUGGAGAGAGGUGUGGUACAACAGACCGAAGCCCUUGUAAGAGGUUUCUAUGAGGUUGUAGACUCUCGUCUGGUUUCAGUGUUCGAUGCUCGUGAGCUGGAGUUGGUUAUCGCAGGGACGGCUGAGAUCGAUUUGAACGACUGGAGAUCCAACACAGAAUAUAGAGGAGGUUAUCAUAAUGGGCACAUUGUGAUGCGAUGGUUCUGGGCUGCGGUGGAGCGUUUCAAUAAUGAACAGAGGCUGCGUCUGCUGCAGUUUGUGACUGGGACAUCCAGUGUUCCCUAUGAGGGUUUCGCAGCACUACGUGGGAGCAACGGCCUGCGACGCUUCUGCAUUGAAAAGUGGGGAAAGAUCACUUCUUUGCCAAGGGCACACACAUGCUUCAAUCGUCUAGACCUGCCUCCUUACCCAUCAUACACCAUGCUAUAUGAGAAACUCUUAACCGCUGUGGAGGAGACCAGUAGCUUUGGAUUAGAGUAAAGACAUGCAGGGCACCUACAGUUUUUUUUAACAAAUCUAUUACAUUUUCAAUACCUAAAUCCACAAGGGACUUUAUAGAGAUUUUUAAAGAAAAUAUAUCCUUGGAUUUGAUGAAAUGUUUUGUUUAAAAUGACUAGCAUGUUUCUGCACCAAAAACACAAAAUAUAGUAUUGUAUAUAGUAUUCAGUCUAUUGUGGAAAUAUGAUGACAGGACCGUUACUGUAUGUAUGCAAUAGUAAAAACUCAACUCCAGCCUACUGGACAGA